AGAUCGGGGGUUCCAAGCAUUUUUGUCUGUAAUUAACCUAUACCAAUAUCAUUCCACCACCUCCCAAAUUGCCGAACCUAACAUUUGAAAUUGUUCUCAUAUCUCAUUCAUUCUCAAAACCCUAAAAAUCUCAAUCUCAAUCUCAAUCAUAGCAUACCAUACCAAUUCAAAUGGAAGACAGUUUCAGAGCUCGCGUGGACAAGGUAUUUGGCUCACUAGCUUCUUCAUCAUCGAAUACUUCUUCUUCUUCUUUGGCCUCGUCGUCAGUGAGUUCUUCUUGUCUGUGGUCUCUCACCGACGAAGAGAUAGAAAGAAGAGAAUGGAAGAGAGAGAGGGACAGCCCCGACGAUUCCGCACCCAAACCCUACCCUCCCAACCUCGACGGCUUCUUUUCCAAAAACCCUAACAUCUCCUCCUCCUCCUCCUCCUCCUCUCAAACCCAAUCAUCCUCCACUGCUUUUCCUGAAGAGCUCGAGGUGGUUGACCUUCAUGACUAUAACGACAACGAUAAGGGGAAGCUGAGUCAUGGUGCUUCUUCGUCUCGUCACUUGGUGAAACCAGAUGACCACGAUGACGAAGAAUGGGACAUUCGAUCCUCCAUUGGCCUGGACUCCACUUUAGACUUGGAGGAAGAGGAAGAUGAAAACGACAAAGUGGCUAUUGGCAGUGAAAAGGCUGGUGAUCACUUGUAUAUGAGGGACAUAAACGGCUACUGGACUGAUAUAAAUUUCUACGAUGAGCUUCCUAAUACAUUUAAGGACAUCAAAAGAGACCCUCGCGCGAAUCAUAUGGCUGCAAAACUUAGACUUAAAGAAGAUGCAGAAGCAGCUGGAAAAUUUGACUCUUUGCGAGUUUCUGAUACUGAGCUACAUGUUGCAAAUGCUCAAAAUAACACAUUGGAUGAGGGUGUCAACCUGAAAUCAAUUCUGAAGAGGAAGGAAAAUCAGACAGAUCCAAAAUCACAGAAGCGUGUCAGGUUUGACUCUGGAUGUAAAAAUGAUUAUGAGGAUAACUGUUCACCAGAAGAAGCUACAAUGUCAGAAGCAUCCUUUUUGCCCCAGGAGGCUUCUGGUGUUCCAGAUUAUAUACGAAAUCCUUCAAAGUAUAAACAUUAUACUUUUGAUUCUACAAGUGAUAUUGAUGAAGAAUCCAAUCAGGAAGCAUGCUUGGAGUUUCUCAAUCAGCUGAAGAGGCCAAACAGUGAGGAAUCACAGCCAGUUGAGACUUCUGUUGAUCUUCCAAAAUCAAUUACCUUCACUCCAAAAAAGAAGCUUGGUAAUGCCGCAAUGCUGAAAAAUGGAAAUGAGUUAAAACAAAACCAGGACGGUGUUGGCAAGGAGUCUAUCCCCAGUAACGGUUGGUCCAUUGGCAUUGCAGCUGCUGGGGAAGAACAGGAAAGUGAAGUUUGCGCAAUGGAGGAAGAUGAGGCAGAAAAAGUAGCUACUAACAAUAGCAGCUCAAGGAGACAAGGUCGCCAGUACCGGACAAAGGCCCACAUAGGGUUGGAUGAGCAUUAUACUUGAUUGCAUGAUGGGCUUUCUUGUUCUGGUUGUAGCUCCUAUACAUCACUGACCUGGUGUAUCUUGGAUUUGCCUAACCGUACAUUAGUAAGCAUGGAAAGUGGAGGAAACAUCUAUUCAUAGGAGUCCCCUCUCUUUCAAAUGUUGUAGAUAUUCAUGAGACCUUUGGAAGUGUGUUUGACUUUAGUUUGGUAAAUACUCAUGUGUUUUGUGAAUUGUUUUUCGUCCGUAAGUGGAACAUUGGUACAGCAGUACACAUUUUCUGGAGGAAUUAACUUGAAUGGGCUUUUUUGAAUCCAUGAUCUUCUACAGUUGGGGCUGCAUUCCAAAACUUUUUUUACCCAUUGAAUGGACAAAAUUUUCGUUUA